CAUUCUCAGUUCUAGCCGUGGCAUUCGCGGCACCACAACCACAACCACCUCCAUCGAAAGCCAGUGACCAUAACCACAGAGCCAGAACCAGAACCAGAGCCAAGGGCUGAGAUCGGUUGGGCCAUGAAAUGUGCUUAAUUACCAAUUGCAAUUAACAGUUUCAAGUGCAGAGAGAACGUCAGUGUUUAAACGUAAGCCACCACCCACCACCCACUACCACCACCACCACCACCACCACCACCACCAAAGCGAAGCUUCAAAAUGGAACUCAAAGGUGUUCAUCAGCCGAAUGGUAACAGCAAUGGAAUAGUAGGUGCUGCAGGAGCAGAAGGAGAAGCAGCAACACCCACUGCAGCACCAGCACCAACAGAAGCAGCAACAACAGCAGAAGAAACCACAACAGAAAAGGUGGAUGCAGAAAAGCAGAAUGUCGAGCGUUCCAAUUGGGGCAAUGGCCUUGAAUUUCUUAUGUCCUGCAUAUCAGUGUCCGUGGGUCUGGGCAAUGUCUGGCGAUUUCCCUUCACCGCGUACGAGAAUGGUGGCGGUGCCUUUCUCAUACCCUACCUCAUUGUGCUCUUCCUGAUUGGCAAGCCCAUGUACUACUUGGAAAUGAUCAUUGGACAGUUCACCAGCCAGGGCACUGUGAAGAUUUGGUCUGUGGUACCGGGCUUUGUGGGCGUGGGCUAUGGCCAGGCCUUUGCCACCAUCUGCAUCAUCACCUACUACUCCUCGCUGCUGGCCCUGACGCUCUACUAUCUCUUUGUGUCCUUCCAAUCGGUGCUGCCCUGGUCCUACUGCUGGGAAGACUGGAUUAAUUGUGUGGACUCGAGGCCCCAGGAGGACAUAGAUAGCCUGCUCCUCGGCAGCAGCAGCAGCAAUGCUACCGCCCUGGUGGACACCGGGAAGCUUCAGAGCAGCUCCGAGCUCUAUUUUCUGAAUGUGGUGAUCAAGGAGAAGCUGGACAUAUCCGACGGCAUUGGUGACCCCGACUGGAAGCUGACGCUGGCUCUGUUCGUCGCCUGGGUGGUCAUCUUCCUGGUGAUCAUGCGCGGUGUUAAGAGCUCUGGCAAAGCGGCCUACUUCUUGGCCCUGUUCCCCUACGUAGUGCUAUUCAUCCUCCUGGUGAGAGCCGUCACCCUGGACGGGGCACGGGACGGCAUCAUCUUCUUCCUGGAGCCGCAAUGGGGGGAGCUCCUGAAUCCCACCGUGUGGAAGAAUGCCGUCGUUCAGUGCUUCUUCUCGCUGGCCGUCGGCUCGGGGCCGAUCAUCAUGUUUGCCUCGUACAAUCGCUUUGAUCAUGGGAUCUACAGGGAUGCGAUGAUUGUGACCACCCUGGACACGCUGACGAGUCUGCUGGGUGGCAUCACCAUCUUUGCGAUUCUCGGCAAUCUGGCCCACAAUCUGCAGAUCGAGAAUAUCCGCGAUGUGGUGCGCAGUGGCACUGGACUGGCAUUCAUAUCGUAUCCGGAUGCCAUAUCCAAGUUCAAGGCGGUGCCGCAGCUCUUCUCGGUGCUCUUCUUCUUUAUGCUGUUUGUCCUGGGCAUCGGUUCGAUUGUGGCCCUGCAGAGCACGAUUGUGACGAUCAUUUGCGAUCAGUUCAAGAGCUGGAAAUACUGGAAAGUGGCGCUGGCCACCUCCAUAUGCGGCUUCCUUAUGGGCCUGGUCUAUGUGACACCAGGUGGCCAGUGGAUCCUCACGCUGGUGGACUUCUAUGGCGGCACCUAUGUGGUCUUUAUUUUGGCCAUUUUCGAGCUGGCAGGCAUUGUCUGGGUCUAUGGUCUGCAGAACUUUUGCGAUGAUGUCGAGUUCAUGUGCAAUCGAAGGGUGUCCAUCUACUGGCGCGUCUGCUGGUCCUUCUUCACGCCCGUCAUGAUGAUUGUCAUCUUCAUCUACUCCAUGGUCACCAUCGAGCCCAUUACCUACAGCGAACUGGUCUUCCCAGAGUCGGCAAAUGUGGCUGGCUGGCUGCUGUUUGGCAUCGGAGCGGCACAGUUCCCACUCUGGUGGAUGUGGUACAUUUCCCGGCACAGAGAAGGCAGCAUGGGCCAAUCCUUUGUGGCCUCGCUGCGACCCAGCGACAAGUGGGGUCCGGCCAAUCCAGAAACGAAACGUGCGUGGGUGAUCUUCAAGAACGAGAAGGCCGCCCAGAGGGCCACCAAGAAACAGUCCUCCAAGUUGGGCGCCUUCUGGCAGAAGCUGGGCCACUUCUGUGGUGCCGAUAACUAGGAUGUCGAUAUCCGGAAUAGAUCUGCGAUAUCUGAGAUUAGGUUUAUCGUGUAGUAUGCCUGUAUGUUAGUUGUAUGCCAUUAUCAGCCUCCAUGAAGCCAUCACAAAUGCCGACACAAAGCGACACACAGACACUUCAACCGAAUAUACAUAAUUCCAUGUGUGGAUUGGAAUGGAGUGGAGCGGAGUGUAGUGAUCCCCUGUUAGCAUCAUUUACAUAUAUGUAUAAAU